AUGCGGGCGGACGAUCAGCCUUUGCUGAGGCCGCACGGGCCGAGCCUGUCGCGGCAACUGGUGAACGUGAGACGCCGGCUGCGCGACUUUCUCGCCCAGCAGGCGAAGAAGGGCAAGGACGUGCCCAUGUUGCGGACCUCGCGCGGCACGCACCCCACCAUUCGCUGGACGAUCCGGUUCGGCCAGUGGCUGGCGACGACGCGCGUCCUGCCGUCGAGGGCAAGCCGCUGGCACUUUCCCGUCGAGAGUGUCGCGCGGCGGGACAAGGCGAUGGUGCGCACCGGACGCGGCGAGAAGUCGGUGGAGGUCGCCCUCAAACACAUGAAGAACCACCUCUUGUUCCGGGCCACGGACGGCCACGACGUCUCCCUCCACUGGAAGCGGUUCGGGCGCAAGGGUGCGCCGACGCGCGUCCUCUUCAUCAUGGGGCUCGCCGCCUCGCACAACGCGUGGCAGGCGCAGGUGGAGCGGCUCGUGGCGCAGGGCGGCUGCGACGUCGUGGUCUUUGACAACCGCGGCACGGGCGCGUCGUCGACGCCGCCGGGUGGGUACACGACCGACGCGAUGGCGUCCGACGCGGCGCGGCUGAUGGACCAUGUCCAGUGGCGCGACGCGCACAUCGUCGGCUUCUCGAUGGGCGGCAUGAUUGCGAUGAAGCUGGCCGCGCUGCACGCGCCGCGCGUGCGCUCGCUCUGCCUGAUCUCGACGCACCUCGGAGGCUUCUUCUUCCGGCUGCCCGGCCCGAAGGGCCUCUCCAACCUCCUCCAGAUCCUCGCGGCGCCCCUCGCGAUGGCGCGGCUGCUCGGCGCCGAAUUGCACAUGCUCGACGCCAACCACAUGAGCGUGGUAGAGGCCAGCGAGCAGGUCAACGCGUUGGUGCUCCGCCACUUGCGCCGCUCGCAAAAGGCGUGGGCCGGCCGCCAGUCGCGCUGGCGCGCGGUGUGGAGCUCGGCCUGGUGGGGAGGCGGGGAGCGUGCCGGGGUGCCCGCCUGA